GGCUAUUUUUCUAGAACGGCUGUACGGGUGUGGAUCAGGCGCUCUCUCGUUUGCCUCCCUUUGUGCAGCAUCUAUCCUGGAGGCCACGUAAUAGCUAUCGCCCAAAGAAAACUCCGAAUCGCGGUUGUUCGCGUGUGCCACCAUGCAGCGGCAUUCGCUGCCCAAAGACCGGGAGACUUUAAACAGCAGAUCGCGGGGCCUGCGGUGGGAGAGCUGCGUGCCGGCCCCGGCGUGAUUAGGGGCCAGCACGGCGACCCGCGACUGCAGCCGGGAUUUAAGGCCACCGAUUCCUUCGCAGCCAGGCCGGGACGGCGCUCGAGGGGCCGCCAGGUCGGGAGCCUGGGCGCGCGGCAGGAAGGACGCCGGCUGCGGGCGCUGCCCGAACUGGCGACGCUCCGGGCACGCGGGCGCCCCUCCCCGCGCCCCGGCCCCGGCCCGCGCCUGCCGAGGGAGGGAGUUGGCCGCGCCGAGAAGGGGCUUUGCUAAUUGCCGAAGCAGGAAGUGAGCACGCGGAGGACGCUGCGGAGAGUCUGGGAGGAGGUGGAGGAGGAGGAGGAGGAGGAGGGGCGCGCAGAGCCGCGGUGGUGAGCUCCGGGCGCGUCGGCACGGCAGGACCUGCCAUCCCUGCCCUCCCGCUCGCCAACCCCGUCCCCGAGGUCGCGCAGCCCCCUUGGGCGCUCGUCUGCCCCACCCCGCCCCAUGGCUUUCCCGGACGGCCCUCUGCGCGCAGAUCAUAUGGCAAAGGAGCCAGUGGAAGACACGGACCCUAGCACUUUAUCCUUUAACGUGUCAGACAAAUACCCCAUUCAAGAUACAGGACUCCCUAAAGCUGAGGAAUGUGAUCCAAUUACUUUGAACGGCCCAACAAAUUCUGAUGCGCCACAUGAGGGAGAAGAAAACGGCUUUCCAGACAGUACUGGAGAACCCCUUUCAGACACGAAGGCUUUCAAAGAUAUAAGCGGAGGCGAGUCCUGCAAGGAGGACUGCAUUUGUCCCGCCUGCUCGCUCCGGGCCCCCACCAUAAGUGACUUACUCAAUGAUCAGGACUUACUAGACGUCAUCAGGAUAAAGCUGGAUCCGUAUCACCCGACAGUAAAAAACUGGAGGAAUUUUGCAAGCAAAUGGGGCAUGCCCUAUGACGAACUGUGUUUCCUGGAGCAGAGGCCUCAGAGCCCCACCUUGGAGUUCUUGCUCCGGAACAGUCAGAGGCCGGUGGGCCAGCUGAUGGAGCUCUGCAGGCUCUACCACAGGGCCGACGUGGAGAAGGUCCUGCACAGGUGGGUGGAUGAGGAGUGGCCCAAGAGGGGGCGUGGAGACCACCCCAGGAACUUCUAGACCUCUCCGCUUCCCGCUGGCCUCUUUGGACAUUGAAACAGCCACAGGUUAAGGAGGAAUGUGGAUCUGUUCUUUCUUAAGGGUUUAGGAUGAGGACACAUGACAGUGGACAUUGGUUUUCCCCAAAGCUGGUGGGGUUUUUUUUGGAGGGGUAGGUUGUGUUUUGGUGGUGGAUUUUUGUUUGUUUAGUUUUGCACAUCUGUUUUAAUUUAACAUUUGAACCUGGAAUUGGGAAAAAUACUUUGUAGACUCACAUAGGGACCAGGGCCAAAGACUACAAUCAGAAUGGACUCAUGCCAUGAUGAAAAUAAAAUUAUCCUCUCCCUUAAAUACUGUGGAAGAUUGAAAUAAGAACUAAGAUUGUU